UUGAUAUACAUCUGGCUUAAGUGCCGCAGUUUAGUGCAAUAACAUAAACAUAGCGAUAGGUUAAAAUAAUGUCAGGACAUUUUCAGCCUUUAACUCCAGUUCGUGUGCUAAGAAAACUCAAAAAGUUAUCUUUGCCAAAAGAGGGUCAACAAUACGUGAUAAAUCGUAACCCACGAAAUCUGGAAAAAUUACGUGUUGCUUAUAAACCAAAUGGUUAUUUAUUGGAAAAACCUGGACGUUCUUAUUGGCAUAAAUUGGAACUAAAUAUUACUAAUCGUUAUAUUACAGCUGAAGUAAAGCAUUUCGAAAAUGGUCCAGUAGUAACAGCCAGUUCAUCAGAGUGGGCAAUUAAAAAACAGUUGUUUAAAACGAACGAUGCUAGCGCAUAUAUAAAUACCGCACGAGUGUUUGCGCAACGUUGCCUUCGAUCAGGAAUAACUGAAAUUAUGUGUAAGAUAGAAGCAACUCCGGGCGGAAAAGUGGAGAAAUUUCUUAAAGUAGUGGAAGAAAACGGUAUUGCGCUGAAGGAACCAGAACAGUUGAAAGCUAUUUUGCCAUGGGAUCAAUACAGACCUGAAAAACCUUGGGAAGUUCCAGAAAGUGAAGCAAUAUUAGCACCAAGCAAAAAAUAAAAAAACUGUUAUCGUUUUCAAUAAAAUUUUAAAUUUAUUCUAAUUAAA